AGCAUACCACAAAUUCCUUCUUUUUUUUUUGGCACUGAUGACAAAUUCUUCGAUGAUCGUCGCCGAAGAACCACCGUCAAGAUUUUGGUGUUAAUCAAGUGAUCAUUGCAUGUUUGUUUUUAUUUGGAAUUACCAUCUUUCUGUAGGAUUUAAUUGAGGCGUUUUCGGUGCAAUCGUCGAAGCGCAAUUCGUGGAUGGGGUUUCGCUGUUUUCAGUUCCAGGCAUUCCGCAAUCACGGAUUCUAAGUGGCCACCGUUGCAGACCACCUAUGGGGUUGUCAUUUGAGGCAGUCCCGGGGGGACUGCAAUCAGUAUGGGUAGCUGUGUGGGCAGAUGUCUGCCCAGAGCGGACAACCCAUUCACGAGCAGGUGCAACAGCCUUGAUUUCACAUUCCUCAUCGAAGAUAAUUCGUCUUAUCAGGAGAAGGAUAGUAGCAAAAGAGGUUUUCUGGCUAGGCUCUUUGCUAAGAGAAAAUCUCGAAAGAAACCUAAGAAACCAGUCUUGGAGUUUGUAGAUGAAAUGUUGAACCCCCAUGUAACUUGUUACAGUAGAUUAAGCGAAUCACAACGAUUACCAAGUACUAGCUCAUACAACAGCAGAGAUAUCCCUUUACAAUGUUUGGACGCGAAAGCGCUUUUAGCCCACACGACUGCCUCGACGCCGUUGAGUUCGUUGGAUUUGGAAUGGGAGCACGAGACGUUGCCGAUUUCGUCGGCGCAGGAUGCUUCUGCAGGAAGUUCUUGGACUGCCAUUCCGGAUGAUACCAUCAGCCAGAGCGAAUCGAUCACGAACAACGCAGCAAUAGCUGCGAACAACAAUAGCGAUUCGGACUGGUCGAGGGUGUCUUCGGCGAAUUCUCUGGAAUGGGAUAGCGUGCAGCAUAGCUACCAUCCAAGUCCUCCGGCCUCUGAAAUAGACACGGACACGCAGCUGCUCCUAACCGAGAUCGAACGGCUAACAAAUCAAACUUUACAAGAGACUGGUAAGGAAUUAUUUAGCUGAUCAAUGUAUAAAGUUACUGGGUUGGGGGGAGGAAAUGAUGGUUGAUAUUUGUAUAUACUUAUAUAUAUAUAUUUAAAACAAAAUGAAACAGGAAAUAUAUAUUUUUAUGAAGAAUAUUUGCCCUCCGGAGCAUAGUUUGUCCAAAUAUGUAAAUAACGAUGGUUUGGAACGUAGUUAGAUCAUGAUUGAUUUAUCUAGCUACGAGGAUUUGAACGCGGUAGAGGAGGGAAGAGCGGAGGGACCAAGAGAGAAAGAAAUAACGGAUUAUAAAUAUAUAUAUAUUAUACAUACGUGCUUGUUUUUUAGUAGUGGGGGCCUUGAAACAAAAAAAAAAAGAAUGUGUGCUAUUCAGUAGUAGUUUUACGCUUGUACUGAAUUCCUUUCAGAAACAGUGAAUUUGUGAAAAUGCCUUAUUUAUUAUUAUUGAUAAUUAAAUAUCGUUGCAUGUACUCUUGUUGAUGUUACCAAUUCUAAAACGUUAUUAAAGAUGAAUGUUUACCUAAAAGAGAAUGAUGUACCAUAUUUUCAAAGGUUAAUUGGAGAUGAUUUAAAAAAAAAAUGCUUGCCUUAAGUCAAUUAUAAUUGAUUUUUUUUUUGAGAUAUCAUUUGUAAUGAUCGUUAGUUAUAGCUAUGUAUGUAGUUUAUAUGAUCACGAUUGGCGGCGGUCGUUUGAAUCGAGGAUUGGCGCCAAUCUUUCCGAGUUUAUAUACAUGUUGUAAAUACACAUAUAGAUUAAAGAGGAUAAACCUUAAACGAAACCCACAUAUCAUCCCUGUACCAAAAAAAAUAUAACAAUCAGAAAUAAAAU